AUGCCUCAGGCCACAACAGACUCGGCCACAAGCCGGAGCCGACCCCGCCUUUCUGAUUUCCCCGGAAAUUGGUCGUCUGCCUUGCGGGACAAGGUGCGACAUUUCAGCAUGAAGCAGAACCGCACUCAGUUUGAUCCUGAUGGCGGUGCAUCGCCUCCCUCGCCGACUGGCGGGGGCGAAUUCUCAUCGGAGGAGCACCGACAGAUGCAUAUCCCGAAGAUAUCCCGAAGGAUACGCGCAUGCACGGAAUGCAAGAAGCACAAAGUCAGAUGUGACAUGAAGACGGGGGAGUCAGUUUGCACCCGAUGCCGGCGUAUGGGUCUGGAUUGUAUAGUGAACAAGAGUCUUCAGACAUUGUUGGAGGACGAGGCUGAAACGCGCCUCCCGUGGUCCAAGGUCAUAAAUACUGAUUUUGGAACUUUCCGUGAUGCUAGUUGGAAAAGCAUGAUCGAGUUUGCGAUGACCGAUCUACUGAGAAAGGCACAGCUACCGGAACUGUCGUAUUAUCAAACAGCUGGCGGAGCCAUCGAGACCCCGUCGAGGAAACGGGGCCGCCAGGAUUCCACAGUGUCGCCGGAAGAGACUGGUCAUUAUUCCGGGCACCGCAGGAAGAAGAGCUCGGCGGAUAUCACGCCGGGUCGAUCUGCAGGGUCUGUUUCAUCCUAUCACGCGAAAGCUCAGCAACAACCGCAAUACAAGAUCGAUCAUGAGGAGACAGGCGAGACGUCACUUGUAACGGCUCCCAUGGGCAGCCUAUACGAAGUAACUCAGUUGAGCGAGAACAAGGGCACUUCGCCGACCGAGGAACAUAUGCCGGGUCAGGCAUUGGUCACCGACUUCAUCUCGCGCGGCGUGGUGGACAUCAGUGAGGCAGAGGAGCUCUUCCACCAUUUCGACCAAGUGUUAAAUCGGUACUUGUGGGAUGGGGCUUGCUUAACACAUAAGGAUCUGACAUCGGCUCGGAGGUCAUCUUCAAUGUUGUCUGCCGCCAUUCUCGCCGUCACGGCCUUGCAUUUACCUUCCAAGGAGCGAACCUUUGAUACCUGCUACACAGAAUUCGCGAAGCUUGCAUCUGAGUCGAUGCUUGGGAAUCACCAUAAUUUGGACGACAUUCGCGCUCUAUGUAUUGGUGCGUUCUGGCUCGCAGAUGUGAGUUGGAAGCUCUCAGGCUAUGCAGUUCGCAUUGCCACCGAGCGUAAUAUACAUCAAUUCUUCCGAAGGGCUGUACAGGGCUCUCAUGAGCAUCUGGAGCAGGCACGACUGUGGUACCUGCUAUACACUCUGGAACACCACUUCUCGAUCGCGUACGGUCGACCCCCAAUCAUCCACGAAGAUCCCGCUAUCACCCAACAUAAUACUCUCACGAGUUCACCUACGAUAUCCCAAUGCGACCUGAGACUUCACAGUCAGGUCGAUCUAUUUAUUAUUCUAACUCGUAUCUAUUUCGCUUUUGGACCCGACGUGGAUCUCGAAGUCCCGGAGAGUGAGUUCCCCAGGAUCGACGAGUAUGAUCAGGAAUUGGGGGAUUGGAAAUCGGCUUGGCUUCCACGUCUAGCUGGGAGUCGGCAUGUCGGCGCGUAUCCAUACAAAGCUGUGUAUAUGCAUUAUCACUUUUCUCGGCUACAGCUGAACUCGGUCGCGCUCCGAACCUAUCACUCAUGCACGUCCUCCAAGGCAAUGUCACCUGAACGCAGGAAGCUCGCCAAUAUUGCCAUUGAGUCAGCGAUUGCCACUCUUCAAGUAGUGCUGGAUGAGCGAGACAUCCAGCGCGCGUUGGUUGGAGUGCCGCUCUAUCUUCACAGCAUGAUCACUUUCGCCGCAGUCUUUCUGAUGAAAAUUGCGGUCAAAUCCUGCUCAACAGGGCCCAAUCAUGCCAACAAUGGACAGAGCACAUCGAUCUCCUCAGCCGGCCUUGUCAUCGACAUCCCCUACGUGCGGGUCAUAGUCGGUCGCAUUGUUGAGGUGAUGGUAUCAUGUAGUCAACGAGCGAGCGAGCGCCACCUGAGCCACCAUAUUGCUCGUGGCCUGCAAAAAAUGCUGGCAGGUCUCGAGGAAUGGGAAAAACGAAAUGGCUGCCAGUCAUCUGGAGGGCCAAUGUCCCAUUCGGAAAGGCCGUCUCUAUUCAAACCGGUCAUCAUCCCCGGCGCUCAAAUUCUUGGUGAGCGAGACACGAUCGUGACUCACCCAACCCCUCUCUUGGGAGUAGCUCCUUUAUCUGCCGAGCGCAGUAAUGGGUUUGACACGAGCAUGAGCUCGACCAAACAUGAUUCUGGUCUUUCAGAAGGCUCUAUGGAUCCUAUGAUGGCAGAUCUCUGGGGAUUUGACGAAGAGUACUUUCCGACUGGCGUGUUUGACUUUUUGCAAAGUCAGAUGCCCGCUUAA